UUUACGACUGCACCAGGGUCUUCAUGAAGCCCUCUCGCAGCGCCCAAUCCCGACGCGUUCCGGCCGAAGGAUUUCUCGGAGUCAACUCGCAUGACUUCGUUAUCACGCCUGUAGUUUAUUAUGGUACUCGAGUUGUUUUCAUAUUACCGAGCACAGUAAUGCGGCGAAAAGUCUUCAAGUUGCCGACAGAAGCUUUCCUAAAUCAUCAAGUUAGGCAACCUUAGAUAUGGGGGUCGGCGAUGACCGCGAAAAGCUACUGGCGCAGCUAAUCGAGGAGCAUGCGCCUGUUCCGACAGCGGAGGAUGUGCUGCGGCAAGCCCGCAUCGCGCACGGCUCCACGAUGCACUUCCACAUCGGCAGCAUGAGGGUGCCGCAGACAAAGCAGUCGCUGGUUCGACUGCAGUACACCACGGGGGGCGUGGUUUCCACUGCUCAGUCCACGGCGGCGGACCGGGCAGCCGCAGGUGCCAAGCAGGCCAAAGCGGCGGUGGCGGCAGCGGCGGCGGCGCACAACGGCACAGCGGGUAGUGCCAGCCCAAGCAAGGCGACAGAGGAUGCAUCCAACCAGGAUGAGUCGGCAGCGCUACUCGUACGUGAGAUGCCAAAGCAGAUCACCAUUAAGCCGCAGCCGCGCUUCGGCUCGCUGGCGCUUUCCGGCAGCAUGCUCAGCAGCACCGCCGCCGCCGCUGCCGGGCACGCAUUCCCGCACCGCAGCAGCAGCAGCGCCAGCAACGGCGCCGGCAAGGAUGGCGCCGGCGGCACAGGCAGCGGCGAGGCCGGCGGCGAGGAGAAUGGGCCAAGCCACCGCUGGAACGUGGCUGCCGUGCCCAUGCGGUUCAACUGGGGCGGUGAUGGCGCGGAUGGGGAUGCGGCUGCUGCCGCAGCGAAGGCCGCAGCGGCGGCAGCCGCUGCAGUGAAGCUGUGUGGUACGUCAUUGCCGGAGGACCCGCCGGCGUCGCCGUCGGCGGCGACGCUGGCGACAGCUCGCGCCGAGCAGGCGCUGAGGCUGCAGCACCAGCGGCGGGCGCGGCGCAUGUCAGCGGUGGAUAUGCCAACCGCCUACCAGGCGCACAUGGCGGCUGUAGCAGCAGCAGGCGCCGGCGGCGGCGGCGGCGGCGGUGCGGGCUGUAGCUCCGACGGCACCGGACUGGUGGGCGAGGACUCGGAAGCGCCGUUACCCAGCCGCUUCCAGAUGCACCUGGCGCAGCUUCUUGGACCGGAGGGCGACGUCGGGGCCGGCACAGACGGGUCCGGUGCCGCGGCGGCUGUGGGUAGCCCGCGCACUGGCGCGCGGCGGAGCAUCGACGCGGCGCGGCCGCGCAUGUUACCCGCGAAUGCGGCCGGUCGCCAGUUUCCGCAGUUCCCGUCCCGCGGCAUUGGCAGUGCCGGAGCUGGGGAGGACCUGGCGCCGCCGUCGCCAUCAGGCGGCAGCGCGGUGGCUCAGCGGCUGAUGCAGGCGCGCACGCAGCUGCAGCAGCAGAUGACGCAGCAAAUGCAGGGGCACCGGCACUCGACCAGCGGCGAGCCGCCGGGCGCGGGAGGCGCGCUGCGGCCAACGCCACUGGCGGUUCCGGCGCUUGCGCCGGGGGCGCCGCCGGCAGGCGCGCUGUCACCAGGGCAGCUCGGUUCUACGGGAACAGGAGACUUUGCAUCAGUAGGAGCAGCAGGGGCUGGCGCUGGCGGCAGCGGUGGUUUGCCAACGGACCCCACUGCGGCGGCAGCGCUGGCACGCCUGGCGCGCGUGACGCGCACGCAGGCGCAGCGGCCCGAGCCACAGCAGAUUUGGGCCGUGGACUCCGCGACUGCCGCCGCGCUGACGCACGGCGCCGACAGCGCUUUCGGCAGCGGCUACAGCUACAGUGUGUACGGCAGGGGCAUCCCUGGACUGCCCGUGCGCGGCUUCAGUGGCGAUGGCGAGUUGGGUGGCGGCGGUGCUGGCGGCGGUGCUGGCGGAGCUGGCGCACUGCGCGCGCGGAACAGCGGUCAGCAGGCCGCGCCGCCGCUGCCUGUGGGUGGAGUGGAGGCUCCGGGUGCUGAGGAGGCAGGAGGCGCCGGCUCGCGCGGCGGCUCGUUCUGCGGCACUCCUGCCGCCGCGGCUGCUCCUGACGCGGUGGCUGUGGCGGAUCCCAGCGAUCCCGGUGCGGGCCAGCAGCAGGGCUCCGCUGGCGACAUGAGCAGUCCGUUGCUGGCCUUGGCGUCGCCCACUGCAAUUUCAACGCCGCGGCCACCGCGACAGCUGCCCACGCUGUCGGUCCCAGGCGCCCUUCGCAGUGGCGGGGCAAGCCCCGGAGCCGGAGGCGCGGCACUGCCUAGCCCCGGGGGCGCUGCCGGCAGCCCUGUGCCGGGCUUCCUGGGUAUGCGUGGCUCCGUGCACUCCGCUGCUGGGCGGCAGCGGCGGGGCUCCCUCAGCAUCGCUGACUCAGCGACUGUGUCGCCGUCGCCAUUAUUCGGCGCCGGAGUCAAUGCGGGCGCAGGCGCGGGCGUGAUGCGCAGUGGCAGUAGCUUUACGCCGCGGCCUCCGCAGUCGGCGUCGCCUGCGGGAGCAGCAGCUGGAGGCGUCAGCGGCGCCUCCGCGCCUCUGCCGUCGGCGCUGUCGCGGACAGGCGCGAGCGGGCCGGGCGGGCUUGGCGUUGCUGCUGCGGUGGCGGGCGGGCGCAGCCCCGCGGCCGCCAGCCCGUCGCGCAUGCUGCCGCCCACGCGCUCGGUGCAAGCAGCCGGCGCGAACUCAGCUGCGGGCAGCUUCAGUGCGCAGGGCAUGGACGAGGCAAGGCACGGCUUGAAUUCGCGAAGCGGCGCAGCAGGGGCGUUGCCGCCGCAGCCAGGCGCGUUGUCGCCGUCAUCAAUGUCGUCACAGCAGGCGCCGGACUCGCCGAGCGGUGGCAUAAGGCGGCAGCGCUUUGCAAAUCUGCCGCCAUCAAGUGCGCCCACACGCACCGACGGCAGCGGCGACGGCGGCGCUGGUGCUGGCAUUGGUGGCUGGGCGGGUGGCGGCGGCGACGUCGGGGCGGGAGAUGUCGGUACCGCGCCGAGCGGUGACCCAGAGCGAGCGGGCAUCAUGGUGAAAAUGAAAAAGGCACUGAGCUUUUUGCGGAAAGGAGCAGUGUAACCGACCUGUAGGUGGCAGUGGUUGGCAAAAAGCUUGAGUCGCCUGAGUAACGCCGCUGAUCGGCUAAUGAGUAAGCGGCGCCAGGGUCGCCACACGACAGCUCAUUUAUAUUCAGGCUCCCCUGCGCAAGGGGCGAGUAACUAGGUUCUCAGGUUUGUCAAGGUAGGACACGAUAAUGACCGGCAUGUUACGCAACGCAUGAUCCGGUUGCGCACUACGGCACUGGGGCACUAGGCACUAGCGCAUUCGAAUAAUACAGCAUCUUUAGGGCAAUGCAGCAAAUUCCGCGCGUAUGCAUAUGAGCAAACGGUAGGUGUGCACGAGCUACGAAUUUUACUCCAGUUGCAACUGCGAUGUACGGCAUUUAUACGUGUACAAUGGGUGCGGCGUGUGUGUAUGUAUGGGUUCUUGUCCUGGUGAUGGCCUCUUGCGAGGUAAAACUUACCUGUUCGUUGGCACUGUGAGUAGCCAUUGUUUGGAGACCAUCUACUAUCGACGGUCUAUCUGGUUUGGCAAGGCGCAUGGGGCUGGCUGGUAGUAGUGCUACCUGUGUGGGCCCGUGUGUUGCGCCUGCGGGCCCGUAUGUUGCGCAUGCGGGGACAGCGGGCAAGCACUGCAGCGGCACUGCUUGCAUGUAAUUGGGUAGAAUGUGCACCUGCGAACUGCAGCAGCGCAACCUAAGGCAGACUGCGUUACAGUUUGCCGCAACUGCCUUAAUGCGCACGUGGACCGGCUUCCAGGUGAACAGGACGGCUGUAAUCCCGGAGUGGCCAGAAGGGGUUCAGGAAGGGGCUUCUAACGGCUGUGUGGCACAUUUACGGCGGAAUGUCUCAAAUUGUUGUCCAACCAGGCUGCGGUGCAUAGUUGGAAAUCUGUAUCCAGUUAAAAGGUAGUUCGCGCUGAGUCUGGCCAACCGGCAAGCCGCGUCGGUCGCCAAUGAGGCGUACUGCACAGCUGUGAACCGCAGGGAACCGCCAUCCUGUGGCUGUGCUGUCGAAUUAUGUACAAUCCCAGUAACAG